AUGGCAUUCUUACACCAGUUACGACUUCUUCUCUGGAAAAACGGUCUUGGUAUCAUCAGACAACCGGGAUGGUCGCUGACUCUGGUGGUCUGGCCUCUGGUCAUCUUCAUCAUCUUGGCCAUCACCCGCUACCAGUUCCCACCAGUAAAGAAAGACACAUGCUAUGCUGGCCCCCGGAACCUGCCCAGCGCGGGGUUCUUCCCAUUCUUGCAGACCUUUCUGUGCAACACCGACAGCACCUGUCACAACAAAUCACGUCUGCUGACCCCGCACGCCUCCACAUCCACGCAUGGCAGAUGGGCAGCCGACCAUGUUAAAAGCGUGCACCCGCCGGUCAUGGGUUUACUUCACGAGGGUGGCGCCAUCCGGUCAGCACUGGCCCAGGAGUCCAGCGGGGAGCGUGCAGGGCUGUUCGAGAUCUGGGACCAGAUUCUGGGUUCAGUUCACCAGGGGAAGUUUAACAACAUCUCCUUGAUGGAGGGUAUAGAUGGCGCUGCUCUGGAAGAUCAGGCGGCCUUGAACGCCAUGUUGGAGUCAAUGAACCUGCUGAAGAGGUCAGUGUGCUCCUUGGCUCUCCCCAUGGUUGACCCAUCCUCCAUCAACCCCUUCACCUAUGCUGUAGUCACCUUCUGCAAGUCCAACAACACUUUUCUGGAAGUCUCCUUGCUCACACUCAAUCAGAUGCUGACAGAGUUGAUGCUGAACAACCCCAGCCAGGCGGUGGCGUUGGCCGGGGAGGUGGUGCUGGUGUAUGGCCAGCUGCAAAACGAGAGCGGGCUUUGGGAGAGCUUUGUCGCCAUUCCCCGGCUCCUCUCCCCCACCUCUCUGGACCAAGCUCUGAGAGACACAGAGGUGCUGCUCACCAACAUCCAGGGUGCUAUGAACAUCAUGCAUGAGGCCUUUCCUGGAGCAGGUAUAUCCGUCUCCAUGGUGCACCCACUCCUGGCUGGAGGCAUCAAUCUGAUCCACUAUAUUCAGAAGUGGCCUGGCAGAGAUGUCUACAUCACCCUUGGAGAUGUUGUCACAUUGCAGAAUGACACCAUAAGCGAAGCUAUCAGGCAUGUUCUGCAGGGGGUCAGGAUACCGCUGGACAAGGCUAUCGGUCUCACGCUCGACCAAGACACGUUACACUCCCACCUGUGCAACAACAGCAGUAACCCGAUGUGGCUGAACGCGGCAUGCGCUACGGGAACCGUAAACACGCUGCUGGGUUGGAUCAGCCCGGAGAAGGUGGCCAAGCAGGUUUUCCUGCUGUGGAGUAAGGAUGUGGCAGCAGGUGAUGUGGCUUUUGCUAAGGGUAUGCUGCACAGCCUUAUGGGAGGCUCGGGCUCAGGAGGCCAAGGGGGCCAAAACAACACAAGAUCCCGGCGCAGUGUGGACCCACAGCCACAGAAUAUCGAGGAAGAGCUGUUUCUUGAAGUGGGCAAAGUGCUGUUGGACAUUAUCAAAAGUGUCCCUACGGUGGACAUGGUCGUCCAAGGAAUCCUCAGGAGUGGUUUUACCUCUAUGCAGACAGCCAAUCUGGCCAUUGAUACCAUGGAGGCAAAGAUAGACGAUGUUUUGCAAGAUGCCGAGCAGCUCCAACAAACCUUCUUGACACUUAUGACUAACCAAUCUGAGGCAAGUGCUUGGCUUGGUCUUGUCCUGGACAGCAUAGAGAAGAUGGUUAUGGAGGUCCUGACAUCUACGGAUCCUUUAACAUGUGAGGACCUCCUGAUUCCCUUUGAGUGGCUCUUAUCCUCUAACAGCGUGGAGACGGCAGUGUGGAGGGCCAUGAUCUGCCAGAACAGCUCUGCCCUGCAGCAUAAUUUACUGUUGGACUGGUUGCCUUUGGUUCAGAAGGUUCAAGAAAUAUACAGCACUGUCCUUGGCCAAGCAGGUGAUAAUGUUACCCUCCCGAUGAUCCUGUCUGAGUGGCACACCUUGAUGAAUAACACGUUGAACAUCGAAGGGAUCCUGAACAGAAUCUCCAAGGAGGUGGGGGUAGACUACUGGAUGAACUGGAUGCCAGAGAACAACACUUACGAUAUGACUGGAAUUCUUCAACAAAGACUUUUCUCGGCAAUGGUGAGUUAUGGAGAAAAACUUGAGAAGAGCCACCUUUGGCCCCAGGUGAAGACUUACCUCCACAUGGCUAACUGGAUCAUAAACUACAAGCCGGGCAUCACUGCCAAGCCAGCGAACUGUUCGAUUGAUGAAAACACCUUAGCUGUUCACUGUGACACUGGUUUGACCUGGCCCCAGUUUAUUCAAGCCACAACUCACACCCUGACGUCCCUUCCAGACAACCCAGAAAUGUUGUUAAGUUGUCUCAAAGGGACUGUGACUCUGCUGCAGCAUGUUUAUGGAGACAUCUUAAAACACCAGUCAGGAUUAUAUUUCCAACAAGAAAUCCUGAGUGGCGAUGCCCUCUCGGCCUAUCUGAUUAACCUGAUGAGUAACUUGAAUGGCUUCGCCCAGAUGGUGUCCACCCUUAAUGACAGUGCCAUCUCUAACUCUGAUCUAAUGCUGCCCCACGUUUUCAAUCUGCUACAGUCCACAGGUCUGACCCCACUGAUGCCACUGUUUUACAGCAAUGGCCCCCUCAAUAUCUCCACAGUGAUAGAUGUUGCUCUGAAACUCGGAAGACUGAACCAGCACAUCUUCACCUUCAACGAGACAGACCCCACAAUGCCUGAGCUGGAGAGGCUGAUUUUUCACUUCCUCUCUAUGGAGGGGAACCUCACCUUGCCCCUAUCCCUCAGUAUGGGACACACACUGCUUGUGUACACAAGCUACUUGCACCCCCAAGAGGUGGCCAGACUCAGGAACGCAAUUCAGCCUUACACCAACCAAACCUCAGCAGGCAUUACAGAGGCCAUCCUCAGUACCAUGGAGUUGUUCAAGAGUGUGAUGGACGCUCCCAGUGGUGACCCCACAGGUGUAAUCUUGGGGUACCUUCGCCAGCUUCAGGAGUUCCUGGUUUCUGCUCUCAGACUCCGCAGAACUGAUUACCUUCAGUUGCCUAGUGGACAGCUAAGCACUGCUCAAGUUACCGAUCUCUACCUGACUGCCACGGACCUUCUCAAUCUCAUCAGCCCAGAGGGACUUCAGAACCUCACUCAGGCUGGGCCAGAAGCUGCCCAGAAGGCUGUGCUAGAGAAAAUGCUAGCUCUUCUACCCUUGGAGGUCCGGCUGCGUGCUGUUCAACUUCUACAGGAUUUUCAAGAGCUACAAACGCAGCUGUCAGUUUGUAACUUAGCAGGCCAAGAUUGCGUUGCCGGGGUCUCUGAAAUUGUUGAAUUCCUGAAUCAGAUACUGGAGAUAAUGCAAGCAGGCAAAGGUAAUAUCACCAUCCAAUUAACUCCGACAAACCCUUUCCUGAGGAGCCAAGAAUCCCUGCACAUUGCAUUACCCCUGUUUUCUCUUCUCCUGUCCCCAAUGGAUGCUGCUUAUGUGAGAGCCGUCAACCAGACUCUUUAUUUCAUCAGGUUAGUUAUGGCUACACCAAAUAUAACUGUGUCUGAUGUUCAGAAUGCCCUGACACAGUCAAAUCUCACACUGAUGGAGCUGGACAGCAUUGCUACCAUGGCUGGAGCUGCCAACAUAAGUGACCUCAUGGUUAAUAUCAUGAUGAUUAUCAACGUCCACCAGUGUUUUAAGUCACAGCAGACCCCAGUUAUGACAUCUCAGUGUGCUAUGGGAUUAAUACAUGGGAUGAGUGGUUUCCUCGCACACCUUCCUACUCUCCGUAAUGAGACAGCCAUCCUCUCCUUCAUCCCAGCGCUUGUCAAUAAAGCCAUUGCUGAUAUUGUACAUGUCAACGGUAGUUCUGAUCCACACCUGUCAACUAUACAAAUUCUAAACAGCACCCUGGACAAUAUCAAGAAUAGCCUUCAGCUGAUCCACCUGAACACUUCUGAAAUCAUGAAUGAAAUUAGAGUUGUUGAAGGCCUUCUAAAACUAGCCGUCAGUACUCAACCCUUCAACAACAUUAAUAGCACCUUGAUGGGGGACCCCCAAUAUGCUCAGAAAGUCUACCUGGAGAUCGCCCAGUGGUACCUGAAGAAGUUGGAGAAUGUCACCAGUACCAGCUCAUUCUCAGAUCUCCUAUUUACAUUUUACCGUGUUACAGAAAUGCAACUGGCUCUUCAACUGGCACAAGCAGACUUCACCUUGUUUGUCAAUGACCAGGUUGAGAACCUAGUUAAAAACCUCCAAUACCCUCUAGAUGGGAGAGGGCUCAGCAAAAUUGGCCAGACAAUCAUUGAGAUUCUCCGCCAACAGAUGGAACAAAUAAAGGACAACCUUGAAAUCCAGAAUGAGUAUUUCCAGAAACUCGGUGGAGAGCCGGUGGUCAACAUUACCAUUUUAAAUGGGUUUGAACAACAAAUUAAGGAAUACCUAGACCUCAUACAGGAUUGGAUGAGAAAACCCAAUGUUUCUAUGGUCCUUACCAGCAUGCUCCAAUGGAAUAACAAUAGCACAAACAUCUCCACCCCAGGGAUGGACCUCCACCAGUUACUCCAGACUAUGGUUCAUUUCCUUAGUGAUGAGCAACUGGCCUACCUCUCCCUAAUAAACAACAUCACCCAGUCACUGAACAAAGCCCUUGUAAUAGCUGAACAACCAGGGGGCCUUCAAAGUGACCACUUCUCAGCUGCCAUUCUGGAAACAGUCCAAAGCACAAUGCAGAGUCUCACAUCAGUAACAGGCCCUCUACCACUGUCCGCCCAGAAAAACAUCAUGAGCAUCGUGUGGGAUUCACUUCAGCUCAUUCUCCAUCCAGAAAUGAGCUUUGCCUCAUCACGUAACAUCUCACUCCUUAUCCUUAAGCGUGCUGAAAGUGUUGUCCAACAGACACUACCUAAAAUGGUAGCUGAUUACCUGCAGUAUGGAAUCCAAAUAAUGACCACAUAUUUUGAGACCAUGUCCUCAGCUGGUGGACCAGACAAGUGGAAUGAAAUCAUUUUGAACGAAAUGAAAACAGUUCAGAGCCUCCUUCCCUCAAACAGCACUGUCCAGGCCCACAUUUCUGUCAUCAUUAACGUCACUCACUUUGUUCUGGAACAUGGCCAAGGCAUUGUGACCCACUGGGAAAGUUUUCUGAAUGCGUCAGCAGGAAAUCUGGCAGUCCUCAGUAGUCAGAUUGGGAAACUCCUGAACAGUCUUUUACCCCUUGUCAUGGGAGAGUCAGCCAUGCCAGUAACAAUUCCACCUCUGGAGAGCUUCGCCGACUUUGCUCCUGUCCUGCAACAGAUACUAACUGGACAGGCAAACGAACACACCUGGCACAAGCUGGAGAUGAUAGUUGAAGCUGUACUGUCAACCCUCAAUGAGACGGAGCUGUGGGAGGACAUUCCACUUGCUGCUUCACUGAUGGACGAAGUCAUAGGAGCUGUGGUUGACACCAUGCAAGCAGAGAAUGCACUGAUACUGAGCUUCCAGAGGCCUCUGGUGACCCUGAUGGCAGAAAUUGCACAUUCUGUGAAUACCAGCCGAUUCAACUUGUCUGAUGUUGCUGAAAGAAUGCAGCUUGCCAUUGAGCUUACCAUGCAGGCUGCCAAGCAGGCUAAUGGGAGCUUGGAGUGCAGUGAAGCUCUUAACGCCUGGGAGCCGGUGAGGGAGGCGGCCGGCCUCAGCAGAGCCACCCUGGCUGUGUGGUGUAACAUCAGCCUGCAGCCGGUCCUGGAGGCCCACGCCUCAGCCCAGGCCCUCUACGCCAGUCUCAACACGACUCACAUGGGGUUGGCACCAGCCACAGUCAAUGCCACAGCUGAAAGGAUUGUCGAGGCCUUACACUCUCUCUACCAAGUCAACGUGAACCGCUCCAUCGUGACAGAGGGGCUGAUCACGGUUCUCUCCAGUCAGCUUUCCAAGCUGGCAGAGAAGCCCUUGGUCUCCCAGGCCCAGAUUUACUGGUACCAACACUUCCAGGACAUGCAGCUGAAACAGGGUUUGGCUUCCGUCAAAAUGAUCUCACAUCAGCUGCUCGGUGUGGCUCCCUCCCUCCAUGCCUACAUAGAAUCAAUGGACAGUGUCCUCAGCCACAUCCUCAACAACUACCAGUUCAUCGAAGACAGCAACCAAACCGAGGCCUUCUUCAAAGAAGCUGGAGCAAUCUUCCUGACCUCCAUGAACAUUUCUUCUGACUUCCUGAAUCCUAUGAUGUGGGAGAACUUAUCUGGGCUAAAUAUGACACAUGUUAGUGACAUAAUGCAAGAGGCAGUCAAACUGAUGGUCCACAUGAAGGUGUUUGGAGAUAUGCCUAUGGUUUACCAAGCUAUGGAGCAGUUUCUGGCAUCGAACGAGACCAGGCUCGUUGUCGAGAGGGUGACUGAGAUGUUUUCCUGGUGGAGCUCUACCAACGCCACUGGGAUGGAUCUGCUCACUCAUACCUUGCCCAAAGUGUAUGAGACCUUUAAAGCUUUCUUGUCCAUCCUAAGUCAGAUGAACCUGGACCUGCCUGCAAACCUGGAGGUGUUUGAAAUGCUUGCUGGUAAUGUCACUGAAAUGCUGAUGCAGAUGGAGAGUAUCAGUGACCUCCUGUCCUCCGUGGUCUACCAUGUCAGUCAGCCUCAAGGGGAAAUGAAAGGGUCUGGAGGUGCCUAUAGUGGAGCUCAGCAGACUAGCCCCUCAGCCAGGGUCAGGCAUCGACGUGAUGCCCCAGGGGAGCCAGCGAGGGAGCCCAUGGAUUACUUCAUAGACUUGUUCUACAUUGACUACCCUGCAUUGUUCAAGGCAAUCUCGGUCCCCCCCACCAUGCCAGAAAUCAUUGAGACAGCCCAUGUUUUCUUUGCCAACCCUGAUCUCAGUGUGGUGAUGAAGGGGGUGACUAGAGAAAUGCCUUGGGGCUUGAAUUCCUCCAAGGAUGAGACCAUCGACACUGCCCUGGGGGUGCUGUCCUACCUUACCGUCCCUACACAGUUUAACAUGUCAUCCCUGGACCAGCUGAGGAAUGUGGUCGACUUGCUCCCAGAGGGCGUUCCCUUCUUCACACUCUUGAAGAACAUCACCAGAGGCCACACAAGAGAAUCUCUAGAGAGCCGGAUUCUCAUUCAGCGGACCAUCCAGACAGGGUCUGAGCUCCUCAACAGCAGCAUGGCAGGCAAACGCUUGAUGGGAAUACUUGGCCGGCUGACAUCUCAGGUGUGUGCCAUAGAGAAAAUGGACUCUGUGCAGCAGCUGAUGCAGGAGCUACACGUAGGUCCUGGACAGGUGUGUCAGGUCCUCAUGCCCAGCCUGCAGGUCCUGGCUCAAAUCCUCAUGGGGAACAGAUCCGAGCUGUCCAAUGCCCUCUUUCAGACCUUUGUUGGAGACCCCAGCACCUAUGCUGGGAAUGCGAACUGGACCUCGUUGUUCAGCGCAAGUGUCGGCUUUAACACCAGCAGCCUGAACUCUCUCAAUAUCAACCUUACGUCCCCAGGCAAGACCCCUUUAUGACACCUUGUGGGCGAGUUGCUGAGGAAUAAGACGGCUUUCAUGCUGGACGUUCAGCGGCACAUGGACGUGGACCCCCACUUUCUCCAUCUGCUGAUGGAGACCACUCUGCCAGACAACAACGUAGUGAUCCUGUCCUGGCUGGUUAGCCUCCAACACUGCAACAACGCAACCUCCUUCAGCGACAACCAGACAGCCGCCGUCAUCUUCCAGGCCUUCUGCUCCUUCUCAGCCGAACACUGGUACACCUUCUCGCUGCUGGUGGCCCGGCAUCUUAACAUGGAGAGGCUGAUAUACAGAAUGGUGCUAUCUGAAGACAUGCAGAGCGUGCUGGGAGUCAUGCUUGAGAUGGCCAAGUCCCUGACCGACAUAAUGAGCAGACUGGUGCCUGCCAUCAGCCAGCUGCAGACUUACCUCUACUCCAUUGAGAAUCUCAACCUGGUGGCCAACCACGAGUUCAAACAUAUGGUGAGAGGGCAGAGGUCCAGCAUGUCUAGCCAUGCCACGUUCACCACCCUAUCUCGAGCCAUGUGCAGCAACGGUAUCCUCAGUCUCUUUGGAAUCUCAAAGCUGCCCACGUCAUCAGAAUCGGAGCCGUCCUCUCACACCAGACAACAGAGGGAAGAGAUGAUCAGGAAGUUUAAGAUUCCACGCGACGCCUCUCCGUUCUGUAUGAGCCUGUACCUGGACAUGGUCAAUACCACAGGGGGAGCCAUCGCCUGGGCCUUCCUUAAGCCCAUGCUGAUGGGGCGAAUCCUGUACACCCCUGACAACCCCAUCACAAGGGCCAUCAUGGAGAAGGCCAACAGUACUCUGCAGGAGUUUGCAAACUUAAAGAUGUACUCCGAGGACUGGAUCCAGUCCUCCAGCUACAUCAUGCAGUCUGCCAAAAUCCUCAGCGACACGCUGCCAAUGCUGCAGAACUCCCUCAGCAAUUCCUUUGUGAAGAACUUCAUUGAAAUGCAGACGGACAUCAAUGUCGGUAGCAUGAAGGAGACGCUCAGCCACUUCUCCAACAUGACUGUGAUGCUGCAGAAGAACAAACACAUCCUCAGGCAAAUCACUGCCCUGUCUACACUGAUGCUGAACAUCUCCACCUGUGUGGCGUUUGACCGCUACAGAGGCUACAACUCCGCUGAGGAAAUGAACGCCGUCGCUCAGGAGCUGGUCAAACACCGUGACCUCUAUGCAAGUGUCAUCUUCAACUUCCCCGACGAUGAAGGCUCAGCCAAGAAACGUGACAAAAGGACCUCCUCCUCCUCCACCAGCUCUUCUCCUCUGCCUCCCAAAGUCAGCUACACCAUCCGGAUGCACAUGGAAAAUGUCAUGCGCACCGACCGCGUCCGUGAUCCGUACUUUGUCAAGGACACGCACAUCUCCGCGCGGCAGACGUUGCGCUACAACCGAGGUUUCGUUUACCUUCAGGAGAGCCUCGACAGAGCCGUCAUUGAGAUCCAGACAGGACAGAAGGUCGCGGAGCCCGCUGUCCAGCUACAGCCCUUCCCCUACCCCUGCCACUUCCGAGAUGAGUACCUGGAGGCUGUUUCCUUUGUCUUCCCACUCAUGCUGAUGAUAGCCUGGGUGCUGUUUGUGGCUGACUUUGUUAAGAAACUGGUCCACGAGAGAGAGCUGAGACUGCAUGAGUACAUGAAGAUGAUGGGGGUAAACCCACUCAGCCACUUCUUUGCCUGGUUCCUGGAGUGUUCCAGCUACCUGGUGUUCACCAUCAUCACCCUCACCCUGGUGCUGAAGUACGGCAACAUACUGCCCAACAGCGACGGCUUCCUCCUCUUCCUCUACUUCUGUGACUACAGCCUGAGCAUCCUGGCCAUAAGCUACCUGGUCAGCGCCUUCUUUGACAAAACCUACAUCGCCGGGCUCAGCGGCAGCCUCAUCUAUGUGCUCAGUUUCUUCCCCUACAUUGUGGUGAUGGCUCUGGAGUCCAAGCUCAGCCUCCCGCAGAAAAGUGCCCUGGGUUUGUUUGCCCCCACCUGUUUCAGUUACGCCAGUCAAUACAUUUCUCGUUACGAAUCCCAAGGAGAAGGGAUCCAUUGGAACAACUCAUACAUCUCGCCCAUGGCUGGAGACACCGCUUCAUUUGGCUGGCUGUGCUGGCUGAUGCUGAUCGACUCCAUCCUCUACUUCAUUAUCGGAGCCUACAUUCGCAUGGUCUUCCCAGGAAAAUAUGGUAUCCCAGCCCCAUGGUACUUCCCAUUUAAAACUUCCAACUGGUUGGAGCUGUGCUCGUGUUGCAGUAGGGGGGCUAGCAAGGUGGGCAGAGGACUCCUCUUCACUAACAUCAUGAGAAAUAACCAGCCUGUCCUACCUGACGACAAGGGAAAAGGUCCGAACACCCUCUCCCCCCAGGCUGAUGAGGAGAUUUCUGGGCUCCCAGUGGGCGUCACCCUCCAUGGCCUAACCAAAAUCUACGGCGAUAGAGUGGCGAUUCAGAACCUCAACGUGUCCUUCUGCGAGGGUCAUGUCACCUCUCUGCUGGGUCACAACGGAGCUGGAAAGACAACCACCAUGUCCCUCUUGACCGGCCUUUUUGCCCCAUGCUCGGGCAGUAUCGAGGUGUACGGGAGAGACAUGCAGGCCAAUAUUGAUAACAUCCGCAAAGAGCUGGGGGUGUGCAUGCAAUACGAUGUCCACUUUGACCACAUGACCGUUAAGGAACAUCUGUUGCUGUAUGGCCAGAUCAAGGCCCCCCACUGGUCACAGAGGGAACUGCAUGAGCAAGUCACCAAGAUCUUAGAGGAGACCGGCAUGUACGCCCACAGACACAAACGAGUGGGCACCCUGUCGGGGGGGAUGAAGCGUAAGCUGUCAAUCUCCAUUGCCUUCAUCGGGGGCUCCCGCCUGGUGGUCCUGGAUGAGCCCACCACGGGAGUGGACCCCUGCUCCAGGCGCAACAUCUGGGACAUUAUUAUCAAGCACAAGAGAGACCGCACCAUCAUCAUGUCCACCCACCAUCUGGAUGAGGCUGAAGUGCUGAGUGACCGCAUCGCCUUCCUGGAGAGAGGAGGUCUGAAGUGCUGCGGCUCCCCCUUCUACCUCAAAGACAGGCUGGGCCAAGGCUACAAGCUCACCCUCACAAAGAAGAUCCAGAGCCCGGACUGCGAGGACAGGUUUGACAGCGCUGCGCUGAAGGCUUUCAUCCAGGCCCAUGUGCCUGAGGCUCGCCUGAAGGAGGCCCAGGUGGGCGACCUAAUCUACUCCCUGCCGCCCUUCGCCUCCUCCAAUGCCUCCGCCUACCGCUCCCUUCUCACUGCCCUGGAUGCCAACCUGGACGCUCUGCAGCUGGGCUGCUACGGCAUCUCUGACACCACCCUGGAGGAGGUGUUCCUCCAGUUGACUCACGAUAACCCACAUUCAGUACAUGAGGACAGUCCUCCGUCUAUACCCGAGUCUGCUUCCGAUUCCGGAUCCAUUGACAGCUUCCCUGAGGACCUCGGUGGGGGCACCUCCGGCUCUGAUGAUAAGAUCAAGCUCACCGGCUCCUCCACAGUGCAGGGCCUGGCCCUGGCCUGGCAGCGGGUGACAGCAAUGCUGGUCAAGAGGUUCCACCACAGCCGCAGGGACUGGAAAGGCCUGAUCUCCCAGGUGCUGCUGCCGGUGCUGUUUGUGGUGAUCGCCAUGGGCCUGGGCUCCAUCAAAAACGACAUGCAGCACUACCCCAACAUGGAGCUGAGCCCUGCGCUCUACAAGAUUGGACCAAGCUACUCCUUCUUCAGCAACCAGAACCCCGGCGCCAGACAGCUGGAGGAAGCCAUGAUGUCUUUCCCCGGGAUCGAUAACCUCUGCCUCUACAAGCCCGAUCAUCUGGGCUGCAGGAGGAGCACUCAGUCAGACACCUGGAAGUCCAGCGGGAACGCCUCCCAGCAGUUCAGUACCUGCAAAUGCACCCCUAAGGAACAGGUGUGUCGUGGGAACAACUACCUGCCACCCCAUAAGAGGAGCCCCUCCUCCCAAACCGUCUUCAACCUGACCGGCAUCAACGUGGAGAAUUACCUCGUGGCUACGGCCAACGACUUCAUCAGGAACCGGUACGGCGGGUUCGAUUUUGGCAAACCACUUCCUCCAGACUUACAAAUGGACCUUAAAGAGGUCCCCAAAAACCGCACCCUCACUAAGAUCUGGUACAACCCUGAGGGCCACCACACGAUGCCAGCAUACUUAAACAGCCUCAACAAUUUGAUCCUACGCUCGAGUAUUCCAUCAGACAAAGAGCCACAGAAGUACGCCAUCUCUGCCUCCAGUCACCCCUACUUUGGCCAUGCGGAUGAUGAAGAUUCAGUGGUCCAGGGUGUAAUCCAGAUCUUAGUGGCCCUGUCCGUGCUGACGGGAUACGCCAUCAUGACAGCCAGCUUUGCCAUCUAUGAGGUCCAUGAAUAUCACAGCGGUUCCAAGAGGCUCCAGCACAUUGCAGGCAUCAGCGAGCCCCUCUACUGGGCUGUUAACUUCCUCUACGACAUGCUCCUCUACUUGAUCCCUGUGGCUCUGACGGUGGGUGUGAUUGCAGCCUUCCAGAAUCCAGCGUUCACGGACAGGCAGAAUCUAGCAGCUGUCACCUUGCUCCUGGUGCUCUUUGGGUUUGCGACCUUCCCCUGGAUGUACCUCUUAUCCAGCGUUUUUAAGGAUGCGGAGAUGGCCUUCAUCACCUAUGUAUGCAUCAACCUCUUCAUCAGCGUCAACACCAUCAUGUCCACCUCCAUUUUCUACUUUCUCGGUCAACUUGAAAUGCACAACAAUGAGGCGGUCGAUGACAUCUUCCGGAAGCUGAGCCAAGCCUUCCUGAUCUUCCCGCAGUUCAGCUUCGGCAACGGGUUGAUGGAGCUGGCCAGGGGGAACAUGGAGGUCCAGAUCCUCAGUGGUUAUGGCAUCGACGCCUACAAGAACCCGUUCUGCAUGAACGCCCUGGGCUGGAUGUUCAUCUCCUUGUUCAUCCAAGGCCUGGUCUUCUUCACCCUGCGCCUGCUGCUCAACAAGUGGCUCAUACGCAAAGUCAGGGGUUUGAUCUUUGGCAGGAAGAUGGUACCUCGGGUGUCUAGUGAGGAUGGGGAUGAGGAUGAGGAUGAGGACGAGGACGAGGACGUGGCAGCUGAGCACUUGCGUGUCUCCAGCGGAGCAGCCAGCUCUGACAUUCUGCAGGUCAACCAGCUGACCAAGGUGUACCAGCACCUCAACAAGAAGGUUCAGGCAGUAAAGAGGCUCUCUGUGGGGAUCCCUGCCGGCGAGUGCUUUGGUCUGCUGGGUGUGAAUGGAGCAGGAAAGACUACCACCUUCAAGAUGCUUACUGGAGAUGUUUACCCCACUGACGGAACGGCACAGAUUAAGGACUGGGAUGGACGGAUGGUAGACAUCAUGGAGUGUCGCAGCAAGGGCAUAAACAUCGGUUACUGCCCUCAAGUGGAUGCCUUGGAUGAUCUGCUCAGCGGCGACGAACAUCUGUACUUCUACGCCCGCAUCCGCGGCAUCUCAAAGAAGGAGAUUGACGGGGUGGUGAACUACCUGGUGAGAAAGUUGGAGCUGGGCUACCACAGAAACAGAGUCACCGACGGGUACAGCUGUGGUACCCGCAGGAAGCUUUCCACAGCACUGGCGCUCAUCGGACACCCCCAAAUCCUGCUCCUGGAUGAGCCCAGCUCUGGCAUGGACCCUCGCACCAAGCGCCACCUGUGGAAGAUAAUCUCCGAGGAGGUACGGGGGAAAUGUGCUGUGGUUCUAACCUCUCACAGUAUGGAGGAGUGUGAGGCACUAUGCACCCGUCUUGCCAUCAUGGUGAAAGGUCAGUUCCGGUGCCUGGGUCCCCUGCAGCACAUCAAGAACAGGUUUGGUAGUGGGUUCACUGUGAAGAUGUACCUGUCGCAUGCUUCCUGUGAUGUAGAAUCUAUAACCGGAUUCAUGCAACGCCACUUCCCCAGCACAUAUCUCAAGGACCAGCACUCAGCCAUGGUGGAGUACCAUAUCCCUGUGGCACCAGGUGGAGUGGCCCACAUCUUUGACCAACUGGAGUCCAACAAGAUCACACUGCAGAUCAAACACUUCUCUGUCAGCCAGACCACACUGGAUGAGGUCUUCAUCAACUUUGCCAUGGGAAAGAUUGGCAUGGAAACCAUACCGCUCCACAGUGAUCAUUUGGAUAGUCUCUGCUCCAUUGAAGCGGUGCAAAGAUAACCCUUAUCCUGGCCCGAAAAACUGUCCUGCUGUCCUCAUUGAAUUUAUGCACUUUGAAAUAAGUGCACAACACACAUACAUAUUUGUUUUUAAUUGACUUAGAAUCGAACACACACACACACACACACAUAAUAUACGUAUAUACAUAUAUAUAAGUUUUAAAUAUUCAUUUUUUUUGUUAUGUGAUUGUCGUCUCUGAGAGAAGUUUGAAAAAAAUUACUUGUGUGCAACAAAUAUGCUGAAUAUGGAGCUGCCAGGGAAGAGGAAAAGAGGAAGGCCGAAGAUGAGGUUUAUGGAUGUGGUGAGGGAGGACAUGCAGGUGGCUGGCGUGACAGAGGGAGAUGCAGAGGACAGGAAGAGAUGAAAACGGAUGAUCCACCGUGGGGACCCCUAACGGGAGCAGCCAGAAGUAGUAAUAGUAGUAGACUUGUUUGCAACAAAUCUUGCAACCCACGAGGGCUGGAAUAAAUUGUAUUGAUUUUCACUUUUACUCUUUGGUGGGGACACCUCAUUACUUAACAGCUAGCAUCCACAGCAAAACACUGUAUUUCAUAAUUGGCAUUAUUAUCUUUUGGAUUAUUUCUGAACAAAACAUUUUAUGUUAAAGCACGCAUACACAAAGUAAACAAUGUCCAAACAAGUUAUUUUUUUUCUAUCUUGAGGCAUAGGAUCCCUUACUGCUGGGUAUAUAUAGCACAAAAGAAAAUAUUCUUGGCUCUCAGAGAUGGAUACGCAAUGUCUGCACGUUCCCCAUUCUCAUUAACAUAAUCUCUAAAGGCAUCUCUUAACUUUCUGAAUGAAUGUACUGCAUUUUUCAUGUGCUUAAAGCACAGUUUCCCAUGAUCCUACAUUUAUUAACUGUCUUUAUGUAUCUAUUAAAGCUCUUUUUAAGGUGUACGUGCUUUUUAUUGACCUGCUCUGUAUGCUUUUCUCAAGGCUGGGUUUCAGUUUCACAAUGCCAAGCAAUACAGUGUGUACAAUGCGUUUAAUGUCUGACGUGGUUGAGGAGGUUUGCAUAUAAUUUAAGAAGCAUUUCACACCAAGUGUAUUGAUGGACACUGCAAAAGCCAAGGUCAUAUGGAAAUUUGCUGCUGACUUGCCUAAUACAUGUUUACAGAUGAUAUGUAUAAAACUAAAUAGAAUCGAUCAUAUCAGGUAAAGAAACUUCAAUUUCAAAUAAUAUACGAUAUGGUUUGAAAACUUUGACACUUCAAUUAUUUCUUUAGACUCAAUGCAGGCACUAAAAUCACAAAAAAGAUCUUUGCAUUGAUAGCUGCAAUGCAAGGAUGUUGUUCUUGUUUUUUUUCCUCUCGAAUUUAUUGCAAAAAAUUGUAUAUAAAGACAAUAUUAA